AUGGCAUUUUCGCGUUAUUUCGUGUGUAUGCUUCUUAAAAAUAUCCAGAAUCGUGGCUGCCAUCGCGAUAACUGCCGCUACAUUCACGCGCACCGCGAGGACGUUGAGCGCUAUAAAUUGACCGGGGAGGUAUCGCUUAACCUAGCGCGUGAAAUUGCCGCCAUUUAUAACUGCGAGACAAUCAACGGUAUCCCAUUUUGCAAGGAAUAUCAGACUGGGUCCUGCUCUCGUGGCGGCAAUCGCUGCCGCUACUGGCACAUAAACAUUGAGGAGGAACGCGAGCGAAGGCGACGUCUACCGCGCGGUGUUCCCGCGUCCGCUGUGCUUCCGCCACCGGCAACCGGCUACGGUGGCUAUCCGCUCGGCAACACUGCUGCGGCCGCAGCCGUGGCCACUCGUCGUACGCAUCCGUACGGAGCUGCGGAUAACUACUCUGCUGGUACGAUGGGCAAGCGCAUGCGCUACGAGAUGGACGACGAGUAUGUGCGCGAUCUGGAGCGUAGAAACGCGGAGCUCACUAAGGAGGUUGAGGGGCUCAAGCGCGAGCUUAUGCGCGAGCGUGAACGCUACGAGGACCUCUAUGCGCUCUUCCGGCAGCGAACUGUCCACAGCAACGCGAACGCAGUAACAGCAGCAACAGCGCCAUCCGAUUCUUCUUCUGCUGCAGCAGCCGCCGCCGCCGCCGCAGCCGCAGCCAAUGCCGCAGCGCCACCUGCCGCUGCGUACUAUCAGGCCGCUGCGGCAACAACCGGCUGGACUGACUCGCAAUGGACCUGA